ACUAUACCGUGUCAAUCUUGUGGACUUCACAUACUUUUAAUUUCCGUGUUUGACGUCACGGGAACGACGACGGACUUUUUAGUAUUUUAAAAUUCGGUAUAAAAAAAGAGACCAUAUCUCUUUGUGACGUCUCGAGGUGGACAUAAUCCGUAUUCGGUGUGGCCCUGAGUGCAUGUCGAAAAGGAUCGAUCCGACCAGGCUUUCAGCUGCCAGUGAAUCCUCACCAAUGCUAACCAAAGAGCUAAAAUCAGAUAACCCAUACUUACGGUGACUGAUCGUUAAAAUAGCGAAUUUACAACACAAUUGCUACUGUAUAUCAUCUUUCAAGUGCUUGAAGAUUAUGGAGAGUAAAUAUAACCUCAAGAGUCCAGCGGUGAAGAGGCUGAUGAAAGAGGCUGCUGAAUUGAGAGAUCCCACAGAGCACUACCAUGCCCAGCCACUGGAAGAUAACCUAUUUGAAUGGCAUUUCUCAGUCCGUGGACCCCCGGAUUCAGAUUUCGACGGAGGGGUUUACCAUGGCAGGAUCGUGCUUCCGCCAGAGUAUCCAAUGAAGCCUCCCAGCAUUAUUCUCCUUACACCAAAUGGAAGAUUCGAAGUUGGGAAGAAGAUCUGUCUGAGUAUAUCGGGCCACCAUCCAGAGACAUGGCAGCCUUCAUGGAGCAUACGAACUGCACUGAUUGCCAUCAUUGGAUUCAUGCCAACAAAGGGAGAGGGCGCAAUUGGAUCUCUCGAUUAUACUCCUGAAGAGCGGAGGGUGCUUGCCAAAAAAUCCCAAGAUUUUUGCUGUGAGAUAUGUAGCUGUUCGUUGCGCUCAGCACUCCUGCCUCUAACUCCUGACAGCAUCCUUACUCCAGAGGACCACUUGGCAAAUGGGCUAGUUCAACAAAUCGACUUCAAGGCAGAAUCAAGUUCAUCAAGUCAAAUGAGAAAAGAGAAUGAAGAUGCCAACAACAAGGUUUCCCCUCUUACCCAGGAAGGGGACUCGAAUUCUUCAGGCUGCGAAGCUGUCGAUCCCUCGACUGAGCAGGUAGGUGCAGAAGUUUCAACAGCCACCACAUUGGAGAGGCCGCAAGUGACUUUGCCUCCGAACGUUGGUCGUCCGCCCAUUCCGCAGCAGCGUCGUGUUCAACACGCCCAAAGAGACAACAGAGAAGCCCCAAACAGGCCCUUCAUUCCAGCGGUUCACGAGCCCCAUGAUGGAAGCUACGCAGGCUCUGCCAUGCUCAUGGUGGUGCUUAUUUUGGUCCUGGCUGGACUUAUUUUCCGAAGGAUUUAUCUGGCCCAAGAGCACAAGUUUGAUUAUGAGCUGUGAUCUUUCCUCGCUACUAAUUUGAUCCUAAGUCCGCCUCGCCAUUCUACUUUUAGCACCACGAGCAGCUGCAGUUGCACCAGAGGUUUGACAGUCACCGGAACAUUUAACGUUCUCUUUUCUUAUUAGCACGACGCCCCGUCAGCUUGAUGCGCUUUCCUGCAGAAGGUGUGGGUGUGUCCUCCUCACUUGCAGCAUCUGUUUGUUCCUUUUUAAUUUAUUUUUUUUUUAAUCAAUGUGAAUUUUCAUUCUGCCCCUAGAUGAUCGUGCAUUUUUGAGUGGGUGUGGAAUCAUCUGACAGCAGAUUAAUUUGCGCUCGUGACACUACGCCGCCAAGCCCCUUUUUAAUUACCGGUAACUAAUUCACUGGUGUUGACGUUUAUAGUUGUCAACUGCUAUCUGUUUUCUGCCACUGAUGAAUGUGGGUCUUUUCAACGGGCAGACGUGGAAGAGGGUCUCGCCGAGCUUGGCUGCGAAAAGCUUUCUGCAAAACUAAUGAUGAAGGAAUGGUAGUAGACGACAUUGUUGCAUCGCUUUCGAGUUGAUUAUCAUAGCUUUUGAAAUGCAUCGGAUGUCAUUUCAACUCGAGUCGGCAUCGCUCACAGCAUGUUUCGUAAUUGUACAUCUACAAAUAUGUUUUUUUUGCCAUCAAAGUUCUUUCUCAGGCUUGUUUAUUUUAUUAUUUUACAGCAGGGGUCGGUCACCAAUGUGGUGCCUGGGAGCACCAGGUAGCCUAUUUGAAAAAUAGGCGAUCAGCGACGUUCCUUCUAUGCUACGCGCUGAGCAAUUACCCACUUCUCUCAGCACACAUGAUAUAUUUCCACACUCAUUCCUUCAUUUUUUCUUCACGGUUUUGAUCUUCAAAAGCACACCGCACCAUUCCCACUUCCCUAACAGUCUCGGUAGCAACACCGAGAGGGCACACGCACUUGUUCCCCUGUAGUUUCAAGCAUGCAUUGAUGCACUGAUGCUCAUCAUUGACAGAUCAGUCAUUCCAUUCAGCAAGUCCAAACAUGGGCGUGGGUUAAAAUCCCCUUCAAUGACACCCUUUCAUGUGUUACGGAGGCCAGGUGACUAGAAAUGUUCAUAUUUUAUUCAUGCUUUCCAUUAUUUAUGAGGACAGUGGAUAGUGUGCGACCACAUUAAUACAAAAUUGUAUUGAGACUUAAUUAUGCUUAAAAUAACCCUUGUGCUAUAAUAAAAAGUAACAAAUU